AUGGAUGCUAAAGAUUUAAGAACUGAACCUGCUCUGAGUGAACGCAAUAAUGACAGUGGCAAGUACUCUCAGAGCAGUGGCAUCGCACUCCACUGCGACAGAAAUAAAUCAUAUCAAGAUAUCGGAUCUAACUCAUUACCCAAAGUGGAAGUACAGAGUGCACGGCCGUGCGCUGUCAUAGGUCCCGAUAGAGUUGUCCCUCCGACUAUAUCUAACGAAUCAUACAUAAAAAAAGGGCCUACUGAACCAUGGCCUUGCAUGGACAACUCUUACCACACGCGACGACCACCAGAAUACCCCCAUAAGUUAGCCAACUUUCAAAACUCGACACGAAAUAUAUCUCCAAGACAAACCUUCCAAGAAAACAUGCAGCGUAUUAUGGUGCCCCCGUCUUACAACUCAGUAAAACUUUGUGAAGACACCAACUAUACUCAAUUGUCAGAACGAAGCAAUGUUCUACCUAAAAAUAUAAAAAUAAAUGUGCCUUCAGAGGCAAAAUUUUGUGAUGUGCCUUAUACAGUUUUCCCUCCUAAUAAUGAACAAAAAAAUGUUAGGAAUCCAGACAUGUGUUUGCCUAAUGUGAAUCCAAAUCUUACACGAACUGCUCCUCACGGGUGGCCAGGCAGUGUUAAUGUACGCCCUUCAAGGACAUAUGGUGCUCCAGAUCUAUAUCAAUAUCAAGAUUACUCCAACUGUGCUGGACCACGACCAGUUAUGUCUCGACCGAACAGAACUGGUCCUGAAGAUCCAGGAUAUGUUUAUGCUGACCCUUUUUAUCAUCAAGAAGGAAAUAUACGGUUUAAGCCUUACCCGACGCCAAAGGAAAGAUUUCCACAGCAAAGGUAUGAUUAUGUUAGUAAUUAUGCAAAUUCAUUCCAUCCACAACCUACAUUCCAAUCUCAUAAAUAUGAGUUACAAAAACCUGUGCCACCUCACCCUUAUCCCCCAUAUCCCCCAAUUAAGUAUGUGGAUAGAGUUUCUGAACCUACUAUUGAUGGUUAUCAAAGAAAUCAACAAGGUAACUAUAAUAUAUCUUACCGUAAUCAAUUAAUCCAUCCAAAUUUUGGACCAGUUCUUGGUAGCUGUCCCCAAAAUAAAGUACAUUCAUAUCCACCUGAUGGGCAUAUUAAAACAAUAGGUCCUAAUAAAAUGCCUUAUGAAAAUGCUAAGGGUUAUAUUGAAUAUGAGAAUGGUCGUCCAAAAAUGUACCCUCAAUCUGAAGGUUAUCUUGUCAAUGAAAUGGGUAGAAUGCACCCCAUGAAAAGUCAAGUAAUUAUGCCUAACUAUUCAUCACUAAAUAUGCAUGGCAUGCCCCCAAAUCCAUACUAUAAAAAAGAUAGUCAACAAUUAAAAAAUUAUGAAUAUAUACAAGCUCAUUUUAGGACUAUGGAUCCUAAUAUAAAUAUGCACAAUCCUAUGGCUAGACACCCACAGAUAUUCUCACCGAAUGCUAUUUCACCUACUGACUCCAGUGCAAGCAAUGACACAUCACACGCUCUAGGAACACCUCAAGAAGACUGUGGCUAUGCCAGCCAAUCAUCAACUGCAAGUGUUCGAAGUAUAGACUCAGGAAUGAACAGAAUGCCUAAUGAUUAUAUUAGGAAGUACUAUGACAGUAGAUUUGGGCCAAUCAAUAGAACUUCCGCUAUGAUGUCAAAAUCAGAAUUAACCCCUACCAAUGGUUCUAAAGAGAAAAAAAAUAUUGAUGUCAGACAAUUUCUACAAAUGUGGAACGAAGGUGAUGAAGAAACAGAGGAAAAUAUUCCUAAAGGCAUUAUUCAGGCCGGUUCUAAGACUGAUGGUAACUAUAGUAAGACUCAUGAAGUUAUUAGUCAAGCAAACCAAGAACAACUGUAUGUUCUAGGUUUGGUUAAUGUUUCAAGUGAAGAACUGGGUAAAUAUGAACAUAUUCAAAAGGUUUCUAAAUUACCAGAGAACAUCAAAGGUUACAACCAUAUAGAGCUAUUGAAUCAGUUUGAAGAAGCUAUUGAAUCUUCUAAUAUAACUAAUUACAAAACAUCAAAAAAAUUUCAAAUGGCACCAAAGGUAACCUCCCUUAAUAAGGGUACUUGUGCCAUACCGCCUAGACCUUUGUCACCAUUAGACGUUGAAGCUAAGAUUAGCCAAUCUGUUAUCCACAAAGAAGUUGGCUGUAAUUUUGAAAUAAAACCAUGCAGUCCUAAAAUGAUGAAUGUUGAAGUUGCUACUCCAGUUCAAAAUAUCUUACUAGAGAGAGUUAUAGAGAAAGUAGCAAAUCCUGUGAUGCUGAAAUCUCCUCGACUUAAUGAAGUGGAUGAAAAUAUUGACUGUAAUAUAAUGAAAAAAGAUCACAGAUUAAAUAUGAAUGAUGAAGCAAAUAGAAUUCCGAGUUGCAAAAUGAUUAAUACUCAAUUUUCUAACAACAAUAAUAUAGACACAAUCAAAAACAGUUACAGCUUACAAGAUUUAGAGAGUAACUCUGGUUUAUGUUUGGCUUCUUUGCCCAGACUUGAUAAUGAUAUUGAAUUAAACUUUCCUGAAGUUAACCAACAGUUUAUCAAUGCAAAUAAAAGAGAUUCUAGUUGCUUGACAAAUUCUCCAAGGGAUUUACCUACAUUAGAGGUAUUGGAGCAAGAUAAUCAAAGCAAAGACAAACUCAAAGAUUUAAAUUUAUUAACUUGUGAAACUGAUAAUCUAAAAUCUCCAUGUGUACCUGAAUCAGAAAAAGAAUUUUCGAAGUUAAGUAAGUACCGUAAAACAAGAAUUCAUUCAACAAUCCCUAAGGAUAACAUACAUGCUGUACGAACAGACAGUGUCAUUAUAAAAAAUCCAGAUAAUGUUAAGAAUUAUGAUGAGCAUUUGGUACUCUCACCGAAUCCUGUGAUUAAAGAGGUUAUUGAUAUUCAACAAGCUCCAAUUAAUCUAACCUCUCAAGGAAAUAUUACAGAAAAUUCAAAUAAUAUUCCAAUACUUGCUGAACAAAAUAAUAGGGAAAGAGAUUCAGCUAUUGACAUUGCCAUCGACUUCCGUCUAAAGAACAUAACUAAUGAUGAUGACGAAUGUAUGGAUGAAAAUAUUGAUAAAAAAGCCGAAAGCUUGUCACAAAACCUAUCUGAAACAAAUAAUUCAAUACUUGAUCAACAUAUAAGUAAACCUGCAAAUACGGACACUCAUCAAAAUGACUGCAGCAGUCAUGUUAAAAUAGAUGAAAAUGUUCCAAAUUCGGAAAUAUGUAGCAAUACACGAACUGCAAAAGAGAUAAGCUCAGUAGAUACACCAAUAGAAGAGGCUUUUACUAACAAUGAAUACAUUUCUGCUGCCAUUAAUGAGGCAAAGGAAGAAUACGUAUCACCUGUGUCAUGUGUAAAUGACGUAAAUGACGAUGAUAGUAAUCCACUAUUACCCAUAGACUUUGUUACGCCACCAGUUGAACUUUCACCAACCACUGAUGGUAGCAGCAGUGAUUAUUUGAUGGAUAUUACAAUGAAAAAUGUAGCAAAUAGCGAUAAAAGUCAAAAUCCAUCUGCAACGGCGCACGUCGAAGAACUAAAAACUUGUAACGAACAUGGACCAGUUAACUCUGAUACUUACCCAAGAGACACUGAAAUAACGAUUCUGAAAGGAACAAUAGAAUCAGAGUCAAAAAUUAAUGCCUCUAAAGACACUAAAAUUAAUCGCCUUUUGAAAGUUACAGAAUUUUCAAACACUCAACAAUCUGACAGUAAUAAUAUAGUUUUGUCAAAAGAGCAAAAAGAAACAAGAGAUACAUUAAAAUUAGAGACCACCGAGGAAAACAUCAAUUCAAAUUUUGAUUUAUCUUCCUUGAGUAGCAAUAGUAGUGCAAAUAAUUAUCAUUCAGAAACUAUUAACGAGGAAACUCAUUCUAAUUUUGAUUUAUCGUCGACUAACAGUGUAAUCGAACAGAAUAGUAGCGAUUACCUAUCAGAGACAGCUAAACAAAAACUGUUUGGUAACAACUGUCCAAAUAAUAUGUAUGACGAGAGUAAUGUCUCAUUAGAGAAAAGUGAUCAAGAAAGUAACGAUGCGACAGAGAAUAUCGAACGAGAUUUUUUUUCUAAUUUUAAUAUACCGUCUCCAAAUCACACUCUAAUAAGUAAACAAGAUAAUCCAUCAGAGACCACAGUUGGAGAAAGUGGCUCUAAUUUUGACAUGACAGACAUAGCUUACCGAGCUGAUACUUCUUCAGUAACUACUGAAGUGAUAACUGUUUCUAAUUUAAAUUCAACAUCACCUAAACAUAGUUAUAAAUCAGACCUUAGGCACUUAGAUACUGAUUCUAAUGUGACUGACAUUGCAUCUCUUAAGGAAACAUACGACCGAAAUAAUGUUGAGUUAAAUAGUAUACAAGGUAGGACGGAAGACUUACUUACAGAAGAGGAAGCUGAUGUAAAAGAUACUUUAGGUAUUGAUGAUACGUCAUGUGAAGGUUCGUUAAUUGAAAAUACAGAUGUAAAUAUAACAACUAAAUGCACAAUAGAAAAUGUAAAAGAAGUUCACCGAGAUGUUAGAUAUUUAUCUUAUGGUAGUAAAGAAAUGUAUUCACAAACAAUUCAAAAUUUAAUUAUGUUCCAUGAAGGAAAUACUUUUAACAAACAUAGUAUUUGUGGUACAUUAUCAGAACUAGAAACAGGACAAGUAAAAGUUUUGGAUGAUUUUAGUAGUGAUAAUGCUACUCAACAUAAUACUGAUGAUACGGAAAAUUCUAUAUCACCGGUUGAUGCUAAAUCCCCAAUAGAAAAACCUUUUGAAUAUGAAAUAUUUCAAAAUGAUUGUGAGAAUAUCGAGGAUAUAAAUAAUAUCUCUAAAAUUGAUAAACUCCUUAACACAGAUCUUAUGAACCAUGAAGAGUCAAAAUCCCCCAAAGCAUUUGAAGCUGACAAUAACCGUGACAUUGAUGAUACUCGUACGUGGCCAAUAAAAGCGAAGAACACUAUUUGUAACUUAGAACAAAAAUGUGACAAAUUAGAUACGCAGUGUAAUGUUGACCGGACUCCAUAUUCUUCGGCUUCAGAAAUUCACGAGGAACGUGAUAAGCAAACUGAUUUCAAUUUCGAAAUAACCGAUGAAGAUAGCCAUUGUAUUGUUGAUGAAGCAAACUCUGAGCAAUUAGAGAAAGAAAAUAAGGCUGAGGAUGAAAUACCUCAGCAAUUAGAAAAUAAAAUUAAACAUAGUAACGAAACACUAGGACAGUGGGAUAAAUCAUCUCAACCUUACGUUGAUUCGCCUGUACAGGUUAAAGAGGAUACAAGCUUAAAAUGUUAUAAUGAGUUACCUAAACAAAGGGAUAAACUAGACAUAAGUAAUAAGCAAACGUUUGAAGAUUGGGAGAAACAACCUAGCUUGAAUGACGAAGUGGUAGAGCAAUGGGAAGGGCCAUCUAAUAGGAAUGAUGAAAUAGGUCCGCAGGACGAUAAACAAUCGAACUGCAGCAGUGAACUACUCAGCCAAUGUAAUAUAGAACCUGGAUGUAAUAAUGUUCUCUUUGAACCAAAUGGACAAUCUGAAGAUUGGCACAAGCAGUCUCAGGUUAAUAAAAUAUCUAGAGAAUGUGAUAGACCAACCAGUGGUAAAUCGGAGUCGCUUGACAAACUAGAUAAACAUUCUAAGAGCGAAGAUAUAGAAAUAGAAACGUCUAUUACUGCACCAAGUAAUGAUCUUACUUGUUCUAAGGUUCAAAGUACUGAACAUUUCUCAUUGACAAAAAGUCGUCAACCCCUUAAAAGAUCGCUUUCAGAUUCUGCACUAAAUUUUUAUAAAAGCAAUGAAUCUUCACAAUUACAAAAUGAGGAAAGAGUCCAUUUUAUAUGGCCAUUUAAGCGCAGAAAAAUGAAUAGUGUAGAUAACAACGUUUUGGCCCAAAAUUUAUGUAAUAUAAUACAAAGUAACAGACGUAAUUCCAUCUCUUCUUUUUACAAUGAAGAAAAUGUAUCUUUUUGUAUAUUGAUAGAUAAUAGUUGCGUGAUAUCAGAAGAAGAGAAUGAUAACGAAGAAAACAUAUGCUAUACAGAAAUUUCUGAAGAAUGUCUGCCUAGAGUACAAAAUGAUUGUAUAAAAGACGAUGGAGACGCUGAAAUAAUACCAGAAAUGAUACUUACACUAGAACCACUUACCCAAGAAGAAAAUCACUGUCAAUAUUCAGAAUCUUAUGCAUUGGAAAGUGAAGACAGCAAACUUGAAGAGUCGUGGGUGGAAGACGUGGCGUGUGUAGAAACCAUUUUCAAUGAUGACAUUGCUGAAGACAUUGAAAUCAGUGGGCCUUCAUCUCCUAAAGACGAAGAUAUAUUCUCCGACAACGAUGAAUCAGGAAUUUUUAGCUCCACAGAACAUACCGAUAAAGUUAAAUACAUCUACGGCGAUAAAAUGUGUAAUGAUGAUGCUCAAUUCGUAGAGACACUUUAUAACACGCCACAAAUGGAUGUUAAUAAGACAUUGAUUCAAAGAGAAACCCACAUACCAGGUGAAUAUUAUGAUAACGAUUCCUUAGAAAAAAUUCUGUCAGAAUCUAACGAUCAAGAACAAGCACCAUCAUAUAUGCCCGCACAUAGUGAACCUGAAAAUAUGAGCUUAAAAACCAAGUCUACAAUAGAAAAUAUUGACAAGACUGCAGAGGUUACAGACACUGUUAUCCUAAAAAUUGAGGAUAGGAACGAAAAUAAAGGCCAUUUUAAUAAAUCUCAAGAUAAUACUGUUCAUUCAUGCGAGUCUAGCAUUGAUAAUGUUUUUACAUAUAAGGAGGAGGAUGAAAACGCUGGAUACAUAACUUCUAGUUCUCCAGAAGUGUCGUCAACGACAUCUGAAGAAAAAAGUUCUGCCAUUUUAUUAAAAAUUACAAACUAUAAAGGGUCUAGAAUAUCACAAAUUAAUGAUAAUAUUAGAGAUAAUAAAAGUCCACGUUGUAAAUUUACUGAAGAUAAAGGUUAUGCCCAGUCUCAAAGUAAUUUUACAACACAUCGUCCUCUAUUAACUAAAGCAGCUCAAAAAUACAUUCCACCUUUAAAGGAAUCUAUACGCGACCUUAAAGUUAAGCUUUCCUUACCUCAACAUAGUCUCAUAAAACUAAAGCAAUUAAAACAAUCCAAAGAUGAACCAAAGGUGUGCAAACAAAGCAUUUCAGUUACUAAAAUUUCAAUGAAACCAAAACCAAAAUUUGAAGAUGUUCUCAAAAGCAUAGAUGAAAUACAAUUUCAAAUGCAUAAAGAGAAAACCAAAAAGUCAAAGAAAUCUAUUCCUAAGGUAGUAAUUAAGAAAAAUGAGAAUGGUUCUCAUUAUGCUAGUACUUCAAAUAAAAAUGAAUAUAACCCAGACUUGACAGGUAGGAAGUGGCAACCAUGGGUGUUUAUAGAAAAAAACCAUUUCAUUGAUAAAAUGGCAAUCAAAAAGAAAACGAAAGCUGUAUACAGCCACAGGAAACGGACCUAUGUUUUAGCAGAGAAGUUUCAAAAAUAUAAGUCUGUACACGCUAAGUUUGUGAUAUCACCGCCGUUAUCAGAUUGUCCGUCUUCGGGACUCAAAUAUACUAUAAGACUGAAACAUAACUACUGA